AUGACAAUAGCUUACAGUUUUGAUAUAUCGUCCUCAUCGCCGCUAAAUUUCUUUCGGGUUUUGAAAAAAUGGAAAGGUAGCGUUUGGAAAAGUGUCGGUGUUGAGCUUACUGUUUGGUUGAUAUUAUAUUUUACUAUUGCUGUCAUUUAUCGAAAAUUUUUGACUCCAGAUGCUCAAAGAGUUUUCGAAAAUUUUGCUUAUUAUUGUCGAUCCGGUGUUUCUGAUAUUCCGCUAACAUUUAUGUUAGGAUUUUUUGUCAAUUUAGUGAUACAACGGUGGACUGAUGCUUUUAAAAAUAUGGGAUAUCUUGAAAAUCAAGCAAUCCAUAUUAGUUCGAUGAUUCUGGGAAAAGAAGAAGAUGCUCGAUUACUCAGACGAACAAUAGCCAGAUAUCUUUGUUUGGCUCAGGUGCUAGUCUUCAGGGACAUUAGUGCGAGAGUUCGUAAAAGAUUUCCCACCUAUGAAAGUGUCGUAAAAGCAGGUUUUUUGUUAGAACAUGAAUUGCAAAAAAUUGAUUCCUAUCGGCUAGAUUAUGUCAAAUACUGGGUUCCAAUCAACUGGGCAUUUGCGUUGGUUAUUAAGGCGAGAAAAGAAGGAAAAAUAUUUGCAGAAAAUUAUGCUGUCAAGAUUUGUGAUGAGAUAAGAAAUUUUCGAGGAAAUUUGCAAAUGUUAUGCAACUAUGACUGGGUGGAAAUUCCAUUAGUCUAUCCUCAGGUAGUUUUUCUCGCUGUACAUACUUACUUCACUAUCUGUUUAUUUGGACGACAGUUCAUCACUCGACCAGGAUCACCAAAUAAAGCUCAGAUGGACUUUUUUGUACCAUAUAUGACUAUACUUCAAUAUUUAUUCUUUGUUGGCUGGAUGAAAGUAGCAGAAGGUUUAUUAAAUCCAUUUGGAGAAGAUGAUGAUGAUUUUGAAUGCAACUUUUUAAUUGAUAAAAACUUUGCUACUUGUCUUUGCAUUGUCGACGAUGCUCAUGACGAUGUACCGCCUCUUCAAAAAGAUCAGUUCUGGUAUAAGAAAAAUGUGGACGCUAUUUAUUCUGAAGAAUCAGCCUCAAUACCGGUUCAUCCUCUGAUCGGCUCCGCAGCAAGAGCAGCUGGGUAA